AUGAAGGAGAAGGAAAAACAGUUUGAGAGGUUCAUGGAAAUUUUCAAGAAAUUGGAGAUUAACAUACCUUUUUUCGAAGCUUUUCAACAAAUGUCUUCAUAUGCUAAAUUUCUGAAGGAACUCCUCACCAAGAAAAGGAAAUACAUUGAAGAAGAAACCAUUGAAGUACAAGGAAACUGUAGUGCUAUCAUACAAAAACUUUUACCUCCCAAGUUAAAAGAUCUAGGAAGCUUCAACAUUCCUUGCACUAUAGGAAAUAUCUCUGUUGGAAAGGCAUUAAUUGAUUUGGGAGCCAAUAUCAAUCUGAUGUCGCUCUCUGUGUUUAAGAAGAUUGAACGAUUAGAACUUAAGCCUACACGGAUGACUCUUCAACUAGCAGAUAGAUCUAUGAAAUGA